UAAAGAUGAGAUGCAGUGGCAGGUGGGCCCCAAUGGGAGAGGUGUGAGAGAGAGAGCUGGGUCUCCAUUCACGUUUACUCCCUAAGCCAGCAAGGCAUGAGUGAGCUGGCAAUGUUAUGCCUAUUUGCUCUUACAAAGGACACAGAGAGCAUACUCAUAGCCUUCCAGCAGUAACACCAGAGGCCAGGCACUGGUGACCCCUUCCCCCCAACAAUGCAAGUUGUUAUGCCUACCUUUGUUGAAGUAUUAGUCACACAAUGUCACAGGACAAUUUACUUUUCCAAAUCACCAGUCUGGCGGCCAGGAAUGGGCCAUCCAUCUCUAGAUCACCUGUGCCCAGUAUAGGUAGGCUAUAGGGAAAAGGACAGGUUCAGUAAAUAUGUGUUGAUUAACUGAACAGGAUGAGAUAAUCUUCCGUGACUUUUCCCCCGCCGAGAUGAGGACCACGUCGCUGUUUCCAUCCCUCCCUCUCCUUCUCCUGAUUGUGGUGACAGCAUCUUGUACAGGAACAGAAAACUGUGAGAAUGUCCAAAAGACCUGUCCUGUGAUGGCCUGUGGUAUUCCAGGCAACAACGGCUUCCCAGGCAAAGAUGGGCGUGAUGGUGCCAAGGGAGAAAAGGGAGAACCAGGUCAAGGACUCAGAGGCUUGCAGGGCCCUCCUGGAAAGGUGGGGCCUCAAGGAAUGCCAGGGCCCCAAGGGGUACCAGGGCCAGCGGGCCAAAAAGGAGACCCUGGAGAUGAUUUGGGUAACUAUAUUAGCCUGGCUACUUCGGAAAGAGCAGCUCUGCGAUCAGAACUGAACCAGAUCAAAAAAUGGCUGAUCUUCUCUCUGGGCAAAAGAGUUGAGAAUAAGCUUUAUUUUACCAAUGGUAAAAAGAUGACCUUUGAUGAAGUGAAGACUCUGUGCGCCCAGUUCCAGGCCUCUGUGGCCACCCCUACGAAUGAUGAAGAAAACAAAGCCAUCCAGGAUUUCGCCGAUGAAGGGGCCUUCCUGGGAAUCACAGAUGAGGAGACUGAAGGACAGUUUGUGGAUCUGACAGGAAAGAGGGUGACCUACCAAAACUGGCAUGAUGGCGAGCCCAAUAACGUUAAUUCUCAGGAGCACUGUGUGACACUCCUGGCGGAUGGCACAUGGAAUGACAACAGCUGUUCCUCCUCCUUUCUGGCUGUCUGCGAAUUCUCUGCCUGAGAGAACAUGACCCACAGGCCCUCCUGUCCCUUUAUUCAACUCAUAGGUCAACAGUCUGGUUUGAAAGAUAAAUCUAUAUCAAUUUCCCAUGCUCAGUACUGAGUUGCCCCCUUGUGGGGAAUCAGAGAUAAUGAGAAGAAUGGAUUGAGAGUGAUGAGGUGUGGAAGUGAAAAGUUAGAAGAGACUGAUAGUGGUCUAAGAGUUUCUGUUUCAGACUCAAUCACUAAUAAUCACUAACAACGAUAACAACAAAAUAAUAAUAGUAGUAGUAGCAGCAGCAAUAGUCGUAGUAGUACUAAUAACAAAUUUUCAAGUGUUUACUAUGAGUCAGACCCUACAUUUAUGUGUAUUACAUUAAUUAUCUAACUUAA